AUGGUAAGAAAAUAUUCAAGCUCAGAUGACACACGUCUAUUGGGCAAAAGUAUUCCUAUUUUGGAUAGUUGCAGCAUGGAAUGGCAUUCAUCCGGGGGUUCUCCUCAUUCCGCCUAUUCGAAAUCCUGGCCUUCAGCAGGAAGGUGGGUCGUGAAUCUAGAGUCGCCUUCAACCUCAGGAGUAUCGGACUGUAUAUCUCUACUCAAGCGUCAUCGUGCUGCUGGUCCUGAUGACCUUCCAUCUGCUGACUUCAAGGAUGUGGUGGGCUUAUCAGCUAGUGCCUGUCUAGCUUAUUUAGGUCUAUCUGGACGUUUCGUCAUCAAAGAAGGAGACAUCAUGAAGCGAGCUGUUGGGGCGGAGGUGACGAGACGUUUGCAAGUUGAUUUCGAAACUCGGAGGACAGUUCAACAGCUGCUGGAUCAAUAA